AUGAGCAACCCGCUCUGGACAGCCGUUUUUGACUAUGAGGCAACGGCAGAGGAGGAGCUCACCCUGCACAGGGGAGAUCUGGUGGAGGUGCUCUCCAAGGACUGCGCAGUCUCUGGGGAUGAGGGCUGGUGGACUGGGAAGCUCCAGGACAAGGUGGGCGUCUUUCCCAGCAAUUACGUGUCCAGUGACCCCAAGUACACCCAGGUCCCUCCUCCCUUGGAAAUCCCCUUCCAGGAACUGGAGCUGGAUGAGAUCAUUGGGGUGGGGGGUUUUGGCAAGGUCUACAAGGGGGUGUGGCGAGGAGAAGAGGUAGCCGUGAAGGCCACCCGCCAGGACCCAGAAGAAGAGCUCACCGUGACAGUGGAGAAUGUGCGCCAGGAGGCCCGGCUUUUUGCCAUGUUGAGCCACCCCAACAUCAUUGCACUGAAGGCGGUUUGCCUAAGCCCCCCAAACCUCUGCCUGGUGAUGGAAUAUGCCCGUGGAGGGACCCUCAACCGGGCCUUGGCUGGCAAGAAGGUGCCUCCUCACGUAUUGGUCAACUGGGCUGUCCAGAUUGCACAGGGCAUGAACUACCUUCACCACGAAGCCCUGGUUCCUAUCAUUCAUCGGGAUCUCAAGUCCAUCAACAUUCUAAUCUUAGAACGCAUCGAGAACGAGGACUUGAGCGGGCGGACCCUCAAGAUCACCGACUUCGGCUUGGCACGGGAGUGGCACAGAACCACCAAGAUGAGUGCCGCUGGCACUUACGCCUGGAUGGCGCCAGAAGUCAUCAAGCAUUCUCUCUUUUCCAAGAGCAGCGAUGUGUGGAGCUUUGGGGUGCUGCUCUGGGAACUGCUGACAGGCGAGGUGCCGUACCGGGAGAUUGACGCCCUUGCUGUGGCCUACGGUGUGGCCAUGAACAAGCUGAUGCUGCCAAUCCCCUCCACUUGCCCCGAACCCUUUGCCCGCCUCUUAGAAGAAUGCUGGCGCCCAGACCCCCAUGCCCGGCCAGACUUCGGCAGCAUCCAGAGGCAACUAGUGGCAAUAGAGCAGUCGGCCACGUUCCAGAUGCCCCUGGAGUCCUUCCACUCAUUACAGCAGGACUGGAAGAUGGAGAUUGCAGGCAUGUUCCAUGAUUUGCGCACCAAGGAGAAGGAGCUGCGGAGCUGGGAGGAGGAGCUGCUGCAGGCGGCUCAGGAGCAGAAGACUCAGGAGGCAGAGCUGCGCCGACGCGAGCAGGAGCUGGCCGAACGCGAGAUCGACAUCGUGGAGCGCGAGCUGAGCCUCCUCAUGCUGCAGAUGGGCCAGGAGAAGCCGCGGAUUAAGAAGCGCAAGGGGCGCUUCCGGCACUCCCGCCUCAAGCUGCGAGACGGGAACCACAUCAGCCUCCCUUCGGGCUUUGAGCACAAGAUCACGGUGCAAGCGUCGCCUAGCCUUGACUGGCAGAGAGGGCUGGGGACCCACGGAGCCAGCCCCCCAGGAAGUCCUGGCCUCAUCCCCCGCCUGCGCGCCAUUCGCUUGACUCCCUUGGAUGGAAACCAGACGUGGGGCCAGAGCACCUUGGUCAAGAAGGAGGAACUGGUGGGGUCCAAGAAGAAAGGGCGGACCUGGGGGCCAAGCUCCACAGUGCACAAGGAGAGACUUGGUGGGGAGGAGAGGCUGAAGUCCCUGGCCGAGGGGAGUAAGCAGUGGUCAUCCAGUGCACCCAACCUGGGCAAGUCCCCCAAGCACGUGCCUCUGGCAGUGGGCUUUGCCAGCCUAACGGAAAUGGAAGAGGUCACAGAGAAGGAGACCAGCACCUCACACCCCCCAGAUCAGCCACCCUUGUCCCUGGGAGUCCGGCUGCAGCCUCUGCCACCUGCUGCAGAGAUGCCCAAGUGGGCUUCGGCCUCUCUGCAUCGCCGCCGUCGCCGUCGCAGUGAACUCGUCCUGCUGGGCUGUGCUUCCAUUUUGGCUUCCAUUGCGCUGGGCGUGGAGCUGGCCGAACUGGCAGGAGAUGGGUUGAGGCUCCACCCUUCCUCAGGACCGCCCAGCACCGUCACCCUCCUGUCCCUCUCCGACUGUAACUCCACCAAGUCGCUUCUGCCUUCAGACCCAGAGGAAGCCCCAGACGAACAGCCCUCUCCCCCAGAAAGCUCUGCCUCAAUUCUCUUGCGCAACCCCCUGGUGGACGUCACCGUGGAGAGCUUCAAGAAGGACCCCCACCGGCCUCUCACUCCCACCCACUUGAGCGCCACUCAGGCCAUCAGCCGAGCGCACCGCCGGACACCAUCUGAGGGAGCCAUCCACCAGAGUCCCCACGGACCCAGCCACCAAGGCUCCCAGGAAGCCCUGCUGCUUUUCCCAUCUCCACAAGACCCUCCCUCGCCCACAGCCGCCCAAGCCCCCAGCAAGGCCAUGGAACGGCCCAGCCCGAGUGCCACUGCAGCACAGCGUCCGCAGACUCUGGCCUUUGCACCCCGGCCUCGCCCGGCCUCAGCCCGGCCCCGCCUUGACCCCUGGAGACUCAUCUCCUUGGGCCGGAUACCGAAGGCAGCCCCCUCCCCAGGAACUCUCCAGUCCCGCCAGACUCUUCUGGAUGUCGACAUGGAAGGGCAGCCUCAGGACAGCACUAUGCCCCUUUGUGAGGCACAGCCCUGUCUGCGCAGCUUGGGGGCAGACGUUUCUCACUGA